AUGCCCUGCCUCUCAACCCGCAAGUCCCUCAUCCUGCUCCUCUGGCUCGGUGAUGUCUGCCUCUACAUGGGCCGCACGAACGUCUCUGUUGCGAUCGGCGCCAUGUUCUCCUCCGACGCGGCCGAGGGGCGCAUGCUCGCCGCCUUUUACUGCGGCUAUUUUGCCUUCCAGACGCCCGCGGGAUGGCUCGCGUCGCGUUUCGGUGGCAGCCGC